CCUGCAUUGGCGCAGAGCGAAUCAAAAGCCAGAUUCUUUGAGCGACUUGGACUGAACGAAGAGAAUGAGGUCCACCGCCGCGAAGAGGCCGUGGAAGGCCGACGACGUUUGACCGAACGUCCAGAGUCUCUGUUGCCGGAGCUUCGUAAUUCCAACAUUGAGCCUCCGUACAGUCACGCCCAUGUUAGCGAGACUGCCUUACACCGAGAGAUUCUCCGAAUAUACCAUCACGCACGACGGGAGACAAGGAUCAUUUACGAACUUGGACGGGAUACUGAUCGUGUCGAAGAAGAAAACUGGGUAAUACGGUGGAUGCUAUGGCAUGUCUUCCGGUACCGCGACAAUCGCAACCGCAACCGCAAG